UUAUGAUCAACGGUGGGUGCACUGCCCAUCCUCACCACCCCCCCUCAUGAGCCUUGGUUCUGAUGCAACCUAUGGUCAUGCAGGGAUGCCCCUACACCUUCCCACGAUGUCAUGAGUGGCCAGCCACUGACCAUUUCCAUCAUAGCAACAGCCUCCGAAGUACCUACCCCCAGCUUCAGGUUAGAGCUGCUGCCAUCUCCCCUGUACCUCCUCAGGAUGGUGCUGGGGUUUUCUGCCUAAGCACAAAGCUGGUCAAUGGGUCUGUUGGUACCUCUGGACCCCUGGAACUGUCAGCCAUGAAUCUGUGUUGGAAUGAAAUCAAGAAGAAGUCUCACAACCUCCGUGCUCGCCUAGAGGCCUUCUCAGACCACAGUGGAAAGCUUCAGCUCUCUCUCCAAGAGAUUAUUGACUGGCUCAGCCAAAAGGAUGAGGAAUUGUCAGCGCAGCUGCCCCUACAAGGGGAUGUGGCCCUGGUGCAACAGGAAAAGGAGACACAUGCGACAUUUAUGGAAGAUGUGAAGUCUCGGGGCCCCUAUAUCUACUCCGUGCUAGAGUCAGCUCAGGCCUUCCUGUCCCAGCACCCAUUUGAGGAAUUAGAGGAGCCUCGUUUGGAGAGCAAAGAUACCUCUCCCAGACAACGGAUCCAGAAUCUUAGCCGCUUUGUAUGGAAGCAGGCGACAGUGGCCAGUGAACUAUGGGAGAAGCUGACAGCCCGCUGUGUGGAUCAGCACCGCCACAUUGAGCACACUCUGGAGCAGCUGUUGGAGAUCCAAGGGGCAAUGGAGGAAUUAAGUACUACUCUGACUCAGGCUGAGGGAGUCCGAGCCACUUGGGAGCCCAUUGGGGAUCUCUUCAUUGAUUCACUCCCUGACCACAUCCAGGCUCUUAAGCUAUUCAAAGAAGAAUUCUCCCCCAUGAAAGAUGGAGUGAAGUUGGUGAAUGAUCUGGCCCAUCAACUUGCCAUUUCUGAUGUGCACUUGUCAAUGGAGAACUCCCGGGCCCUGGAGCAGAUCAACAUCCGGUGGAAACAGCUGCAGGUGUCAGUUGGCGAGAGGCUUAAGCAGCUGCAAGAUGCCCACAGGGACUUUGGGCCUGGGUCACAGCACUUCCUCUCCACCUCUGUCCAGGUUCCCUGGGAAAGAGCAAUUUCACCCAAUAGAGUUCCCUACUAUAUCAACCACCAGGCUCAGACCACAUGCUGGGACCAUCCCAAGAUGACCGAGUUAUACCAAACCCUGGCUGAUCUGAACAACAUUAAGUUCUCAGCUUACCGCACUGCCAUGAAGCUACGCAGAGUUCAAAAGGCACUACGCUUGGACCUGGUCACUUUAACCACAGCUUUGGAGAUCUUUAAUGAGCAUGAUCUUCAGGCCAGUGAGCAUGUGAUGGAUGUGGUGGAGGUCAUUCACUGCCUGACUGCCUUAUAUGAACGGCUGGAGGAGGAAAGAGGCAUCCUGGUCAACGUGCCACUCUGUGUGGACAUGAGCCUCAAUUGGCUCCUCAAUGUUUUUGAUAGUGGUCGCAGUGGAAAGAUGCGGGCAUUGUCCUUUAAGACUGGCAUUGCAUGCCUGUGUGGCACAGAAGUGAAGGAAAAACUGGAGUACCUCUUCAGCCAAGUAGCCAACUCAGGCAGCCAGUGUGACCAACGCCACCUUGGUGUCCUGCUUCAUGAGGCCAUUCAGGUGCCCCGUCAGCUGGGGGAAGUGGCAGCGUUUGGGGGCAGCAAUGUGGAGCCCAGUGUCCGUAGCUGCUUCCGUUUUAGCACUGGGAAGCCAGUCAUUGAAGCUUCACAGUUCUUGGAAUGGGUCAACUUAGAGCCCCAAUCCAUGGUGUGGCUGGCUGUUCUGCAUCGGGUCACCAUUGCUGAGCAAGUGAAGCAUCAGACCAAGUGCUCUAUCUGUAGGCAGUGCCCCAUCAAGGGCUUCAGGUACCGGAGUCUGAAACAAUUUAACGUGGACAUCUGCCAGACCUGCUUCUUGACAGGCAAGGCCAGCAAAGGCAACAAGCUGCACUACCCCAUCAUGGAGUAUUACACCCCGACCACAUCCAGUGAGAAUAUGAGAGACUUUGCCACAACCUUAAAGAACAAAUUCCGCUCAAAGCAUUAUUUCAGCAAACACCCUCAGCGAGGUUAUCUGCCUGUGCAAUCAGUGCUGGAGGCCGAGUACAGUGACACGCCGGCUUCUUCCCCAAGGUUGCCACAUGCUGACACACACUCCCGCAUUGAGCAUUUCGCCAGCAGGCUUGCUGAGAUGGAAAAUCAAAAUUGCUCCUUCUUUAAUGACAGCCUGUCCCCAGAUGACAGCAUAGACGAGGAUCAGUACCUGUUGCGGCACUCCAGCCCCAUUACAGACCGGGAGACAGGCUUCGGACAGCAGGUUCCAUGCAGCAUGGCCACAGAAAGCAAGGGGGAGCUAGAGAAGGUCCUGGCCCACUUAGAGGAUGAGAACCGGAUUCUCCAGGGAGAGCUGAGGCGCCUGAAGUGGCAGCAUGAGGAGGCUGCUGAGGCACCCACCCUGGCUGAGGGCUCUGCUGAGGUGGCACAGGACCACCGCAAUGAGGAGCUUCUGGCUGAGGCACGGAUCCUUCGGCAGCACAAGAGCCGCCUGGAGACACGUAUGCAGAUCCUUGAAGACCACAACAAGCAGCUAGAGUCCCAGCUGCAGCGCUUAAGGGAACUGCUCCUGCAGCCACCCAAUGAAUCAAAUGGCAAUGGCUCUGCAGGCUCGUCCCUAGCUUCCUCUCCACAGCAGUCAGAAGGCAGUCACCCCCAGGAGAAGGGACAGACUACUCCAGACACUGAGGCUGCAGAUGAUGUGGGGUCAAAGAGCCAAAAUGUCAGCCUGUGCUUGGAGGACAUUAUGGAGAAGCUUCGCCAUGCCUUCCCCAGUGUGCGAAGCUCUGAUGUGACUGCCAACACACUGCUGGCCUCUUGAUGGAGCCAUAUCCCCAUGCUAUAGUGCAUAGUUCUCUCCUAGUUCUGUCAAAGCCUUUCCUCAGCCUUCACCCAAUCUUUCCAGUCCCCACUGGCCCCACAUUUCUCAGCCAGAGUUAUUUGGGCUCUAGGCAGCAGCAGAGAUCUGGUGGUAUGUGAGGUGGGUGUGUGCGGGAAAGGAAUGAUUCCUAUGACUCCAAAAAUGUGCCCUUUAAUCUUCAAGUCUGAGACUGGUCCCUUAAGUACAUUUCUAUUGCAGCCCAGGCAAAUAGCACUUGGAGGCCACUCAGAUGGGGAGCAAAGAAGCUGCCUUGCAGAGCUAAGUAAUGCUUGCUGUUUCCUUUUCUUCUCCAUGGAAUUAUGGAGAUAGGGAAGCCUAAUGACCCCAGGGUUCCAACAUUAUGAAUCCAUAGUAGUUAGCCCUAUUUUCUGGCCCAACUCAGAAAGGUAAAAGGGUAUCCCUGAUACAACCCCUCUCCAUCAAAGUGCUCCUGAAAAAAAUCUGGGGGCAGCAUGUGUCAUAUUACUUCAGCUCAAGGGCAUACCUCUAGCCAUCCUGAUGCUACCUAGAUGUUGUUUCCUCCUCACAUCUUCAGUUCCUCUGCAUCAGACCUCUACUGGCAGACCUUUCUCAUGGGGAAGGGAACAGUUCAUUGUAGCUCCUAUUUCCACCUUACAUUUGGAAACAUUAAAGAAAUAUUUAUGGGCUCAGAUUCCACCCCCACCCCCCAUCCUCCUCUUUCCUGAAGGCCUCAGCAUCAUGAGAGACCAGCUGAGUUGCUUUGAAAAUCCAGGUGAAGCCACCCUUGGCUCUUCUGAAUCUACUCUCACAACCCUGGGGGAGGGGAAGCAACUUACUCAGCAAGGGGGUCUUGCUCUCCUCGGGUGAGAAGAGGAAGCCACCAACUAGCCUGGAAGAGUGUGACUGCCCAACAACAUUUCUUCUUUUAGGCUGAAUUGGAUGAGGUAGCUGAUUGUCCCCAGCUAAUCCUAAGGCAGAUGCAAUGGGCCACCCUGAAUAGUGGCCUGUUCCUAGGAGCCACUGACCAUUUUCCAUCCAGGCAACAGCCUGGCCUUCCUUUGCAUAAAACUAUUCUCUCCAGAAGGUGAACCCAAACCUCAAACUGAACUAACUCUUACUAGGCAAUGUAUACCACGAUCCCUUUAUCCAGAAACUAUUCAGGGUAGAUAGUGGGGGAGGGGGAAGUGACCUUGGGAACUUUGAACAGUCAGAGCCCACUGAGGCAGCUUUCUUUCAAAAGGAGCUUUAUAACCUAGAGCCCUAAAAUUGACUUCAUUUGCCUAAAUUUAUAUACAUACAUAUCUAUCCUACAUAUCGACUGUAUAUCAGUACUCCUCUGGCCUCACUCACACAUUAAAUUCUAAUACCUCUUGAAGUAUUAAUGUUCUGCCUUGCUUUUUGUUAGCCCAAGCCUCUGGUUAAACAGAUAGAUAUAUCCUGGCUGCUCCCCUAGGAUGUCUCUCUAUUCAUGUUUGGGGUGAGCUGUCUUUAAUACCAAAGCAACAGAAGCCUGUGGCCAUAGAGGAAUCUAACAGGAAGAGUCACUCUCUUUACUCAGUGCAAAUCUUGUUCUCUUGAGACCUGGGCCUUGGAUGAAUUUUCCAGGGAUCCUCUAAAUGAUGCUUCAGGUACCAAAAUAGAGCAAAUCUAAGCUUUACCUACCCCAUGCAGAAAAGAAGUCAAAUAGGCUUUUAGUAGCCUUUGUAAAAGGCUAAGACACAGAAUACAUUAUCUAGCCCCUUCCAGUUCUUAAGUCUAGCUCAGGUCCAUGAAGAAAGCUGUGGUUGCCACUGAGGUCAGGAGGGUAUGAGAUGCUUGGGGUGCUGUGUUAUAAUCAAGCAGUGUGCCAGUGGAUACAGCUUCUGGGAAGCUAGAUUUAUCUGCUGCAUAGGAGGGAAGGCAGCAGCUUGGAUCCAAAAGCCUAGGAUUGCCUCUUUCUAGAAUCACCGCAGGGCAUUAAGCCAGAGGCCCACAGUGUCAGACCUCAUCACAGCAUCUACCUUAUUGCUGAAGAGGUCUCUGGGCAGAAGGACUUAGGUAUCCAGAUAUAUGAUGAGCAGGUGGUAGGUGGGCAUUAAACACGGAGCCUAGGAAUCUGUCCACGAGUGGGGGGAAGCUAUAUUUGUAGUGGCCUAGAUAGUGGGCAGGAAUGGGAUAGAAGAAAUUUGCUAUAAAACAGAAAGCUCGGGUCUUUGAGGUUUUAUGGCUGCCUAAGCCUUAGGAGGUCAGAUGUUAUAAAACAAUCUUUUACCAGGGAAAUCCUGGAAGAUCCUUCUGUAACCCUCACUCCACUCAAGAGAUCCAGGGCUGCUGAGGGCCUGUGGCAACUGCAGUGGGCCAGGCAUAGUAGAGAAGAUGUAGAUUUUGUUAUGUAGGAUUUGUGCUGUUAGGUGGACUGAAGCAACAGGUGAAGUGUUGAAUUCUCACUAACAGGGUUACUGACACUUUGUGGUCCUGUUUUUACCUUAAUGUCCGAGGUAAGUACAGGCAUACCUCCUUUUAUUGCACUUUGUUUUGUUGAGCUUCACAGACGUUGCAUUGUUUUUACAAUUGAACACAAGACCCUCUAUCAGCAAAAAGAUUACAACUCACUUUAUUGUGAGGCUCACUUUAUUGUGGUAGUCUAGAACUGAACCCAAAAUAUCUCCAAGGCAUGCCUGUUUAUCUCUCAAAGCUUCAGUGACGGUCACUACCUCAUGUGCAGGCAGUUUUCCUGUAGUGAGGUAAAUGGAUCCUUGGGCACUGUGAAUCCAUAUUAAGGUGACAUUUACUGAGAUGUGGUGUAUGUCAUUAAGCAUCUGUCAUGUAUGUGUUUCCUGGAGGUAUCGUGUGUGAUGUUGCAUAGUUUAUGGCCCUCAACUGAAAGUGUGGUGAAGGGAGUUGCUGGGUAGGCAGCCUGAGGAAAACGUCUGACUUGAAGAGUUAGCAUCUGUGAUAAGAAACGUGUUUGCUGAGGUUGUUGUCAAAUAGUAUCAAUAAACAGGAUUGAUAGGCCAUUUAUUCUCAACGGAAUCUGAUAUAGGCCAAAAAGCCAUUUUGAGGGUACCUCUGCUUGUAGUGAAAGCAUAGUGGGGUCAUGUUGACUGGAAAAUUGUUAGGGAAGUCUGACUGGCUGGAGGACAUAUGGCUAUUUGUUGUAUGGAACCUUAGGGAGGGCCCUACCCAGGAAGACAUGUGCCCUUCCCUCCAGAAUGGAAAGGCUGAAAUCAAGGCUUUCAAAUACCCAUUUCCUUCAAGGCCCAAAGUUUGGAAAUAUUUUAUUGUCAGAAACCUGUUUGAGUUUAUCUGUUCCAGGAACUGGGCUGUUAGGUUACAGUAAUAAGAAAUCCUGAGGACAGGCAAAGGCCAAUUCUGGGAGAUGGUUUGCCUCCAGAUUCAUUUUAAGGAAUACUCAUACUGUCUGAGGUGGUGUGUUCAGGCUAGGGUGUUCCUUCAAUAUACAUUCUCAAUGGUAGACUUGUGGCCUCUGAAACCAUUUCAGGCCAAGAAUUUCAUCAAAGUUUCUUUGACAUAGGUGACAAAUAACCAAGGAAGUAGCUGCCUUAAGAUAAACAGUCCUGGAGGAGAAAACUAGAGGCCUUGCCCUAGAGCUGUGGAGACUUAGUUGCUCAGCAGGGCACCUCUAUCUCUGGGACUCCCUGCCAAAUCUGGCCCUACAAACAAAGGAAUAUUUCAGUUCCUUCUUAUUCUUUUAACACCCAUGGCUGUGGGAGAGGGAAAGGCUCAAGGCCAGGGCUCAGCUCCCAGCCUCCAUCUCCUCCCACAGCUGCUGCAUUUGGCGGAGGGACCUGCUGAAUGUCCUUGUUGUCCCCAGGGCAGUAUUGAGGCUGGACUGAAGCCUGCUAUGCUGCUUGCUGGCUGCAAGAACUGGUCACGAGGAUGGGAGUUGGGGAAGAGAUUCAGGGGAGAUGACAAGGGUGACACAUAAGUCUGGAAAUGUUUGAGACAAAGAGGCAGGGCUGGGAAAAAAUUAGUUAACUUUGAUUGCCACUCACUGUGGUGCUUUUCUCCUUUCCCUUGAAAUCUUCUUUGAAAAGAAUAAAUUUGUAUUUGUUU